AUGGUCUUUGCGGACUGGGCGUAUCACGCUUACUUGCAAGCUUUCGCGCCGUCUGUGCGGGCCUACAGUUUUGUGGACAACUAUGCUGUCACGGCUUUUACUGCAGCCGCUUUGCUGCAUGCCUACAACCUGGUGCGGUGCUUCACUGAUCUGCUACGCCUGCAACUGGAUAAUGCGAAGACCUUCACCUGGGCCACAGGCGCAAAGGACCGUGCAACUCUGGCCGCCACCGGCCUCAAUGUUCAGCCAGCUGCAAGGGAGCUUGGCGGCGUGAUGUCCUUUGGUGCUUCGGUGCGUAAUGCCCCGCUCCGUGACCGGUCUCGUUCCUUGGCGCCUCUUUGGAAAAAGCUCCGCCGUUCCCGUGCUCCUUGUGCACUCAAAUCGUUGGCUUUGCCCAACAAGUGCUGGGCCAGAGCAUUGCAUGGCAUCUCAGGUGUGCCAUUGGCACAGGCCGAGCUCCAAAGUUUGCGCAGUGCUGCCACAGCCGCCUUAUGUAUUCGUCCUGGUAGGUGCAGCUCUUUGCUUCGCCUGAGCAUUGCCCGGCCUCUUACCUCAGACCCAGGUUUUUAUCAACUGUGGCAAUGUGUGCUGGACCUUCGCCGUAUGGCGGUGAAAGUCUCCAACUUCCUACCGCUUUGGCGGCAAUAUCACGGCCUGCGUGACGGACGAGCCCUCCAGGGUCCCUUGUCAAAACUGGUCAGCGUACUUGCACAGGUUGGCUGGGCGGUACAGGAGCCGCCAUUGGUGAUGGAUCAGGACGGUUUGCUCCACAACAUUCUGCAGAUGCCCACUGCAUUGCUCCGCCGGUCAUUGGAACAGUCCUGGCUUUGGUUUGUGGCGCAUCAACACACCCAUAGGGAAACCAUGUCGGAUUUGCGGGGCAUUGACCUCGCUCUACUUCGCUCCUGCCAGGCGGGUCUUACGCCUUUGGAUGGGGCCCGACUUGCGGCCGUGCAGUCCGGUGCCUUCUGGUGUGGCCAGCAGCAGGCUCGCUUUGAUCUCUCUCAGACAGGCCUUUGUUCCCACCGUGGUGUCGUGGAUUCGGUGGAGCACCGGGUCAGGCAGUGCCCCCUUUUUCAGGAGGCCCGUUCGGAGCAUUGUUGGGUGCUGGACCAUUGGGAUGAGCUGCCAACGUCCUUGACACAUCAUCUUCUGCCUUCGGCCAACCCUUUCCUGCCCGAGCUUCGGAGUCUUCUUCAGGCUGGGAUUGACACCACGGGUUCCUUUUUCUGCGGAGGCGUCGGCUCCGGUUGGCAGUGUCUGUUUACGGACGGCUCCUGUUUGGAGUUUGGCCAUGCUGAUCUGGCCUUGGCGGGCUGGGGUGUUAUCUUGGCUAGUACAGGGUCGGCUGUGGCUUGCGGCAUUGUUCCUGGGCUACUGCAAACCGCCCCGCGUGCGGAAAUUCUUGCCAUGACGGCGGCGGCACGAUGGGCUUUGGUCACUGGCCUUCCUUGCCUGGUCUGGACUGAUGCUGCCAAUGUCAGUGAUGGUGUGGCUAAGAUACAGGAAACCGGCUACCUGCCGGGCGAUGCGGAUGCAGAUCUGUGGCUUUCAUUAGCUGGCUUCCUUAACCAGCUGGAUCGUGGCCGUUUCUUGGUGAGGCAUACCCCCUCACAUCUGGACUCCAACCUGACGGAAAGCCCGGCCGAGGAUUGGCUUGCCAUGCAUAACAACCACGUUGAUGUGCUUGCGAGCAUUGCCAACAGCAAUCGCCCGCAAAUCUUCCUGGAAGUCCACGCCAAGGCGCUCCGCUACCACAAUGAGACGCUCAAGGCCUUGAUUGCCCUGCGCGAAAUAUUCUUUGGGAUUGCGGCGCAAACUGCUCGAGGUCGGCUUGGCCAAGACCUGGUUGAAGGCGAUGAUUCUGAUCCGGUGAUUCCGCCCAGCGGCUCUGUGCCCAGGGCCUUGGAUCUGGAGGAGGCUCUGCCGCUCAAUUGGGCCACUGCAGUGGCGAGCUCAGCCAAGGCCUUUCCGGCGUCUUUCGCCAGCAACUUGUGCGACUUCAUUUUCGGACUGGACUCAGCUGCGGAACAUGCUUACAGACUGUCCUGGCUCGAACUGGUUUUCGUACUGCAUUGGGCGUUGCUGGGGUGCCACGUUGCCGCAGCAGCUGGGCAUUUCGUUCUGGCCUCCAUGCAGCAUGGUAUUCGAUCUGUAGCUGCUCUACAAGUGGCAAGCAUGCUUUUCCUUGCCUCUGGAAAUGUCCUUGACAGCGCCGGCUGGAAGGAAGCAGCAAAGGCAGGAGAGGCCUGCACUUCGGUCAUCCAGCUGAUGGUGAGCUUGGAAGAAAAGUGCCAAGUCACCAGCCAGUUUGAGUAUGUCUUGGAUCAACUCGCCAGUCCGGGCUUCACGAAGUAUGCCUGGCUCGAGAAGUUGGCGCAGUCCGGCCCCGGCCAGGCCAUGAAGCAGAAGGCGCUGGAAGCUGUCGCGGGAACCACCCGGGCAAGCAUGCAGGAGGCAUGUGGGCCCCAAUGUGAAGGAUUCGACUAUGCGCACUUCUUUACGUCCUAUGCAACCUGCUACGCACACUCCCUCUGCACUGCUGCCAGCGCCGGCUUCCUGCCCGUUGGUGCUGACGAGUGCGCGGAGAUGCUCCUCCCCUACCUGCAGGGGCAGAUGUCCAUGGUGGCUGAAACCUACUGCCUGAAAGAACCGGGACAGGACUUCUACUGCCAGGAGCAGCGCGCGAGGUUGCAUCUCGACAGUCCGUCCUGCUACAACGACUUCACGCUUGUGGAUGCUGGCGUGAGGUCCGAUGGCUCCAGACCCCCGACAUGCCACUCAACCCGCGAGUGUGUGCAUCUUUGGGAAUCAGAGCAACGGCAGCAUCCUCAUUGCACAGGUAAGAUCGCCGAGAUUGCCGAAGAGGUAUCUCGAAACACUCCCGGCGGUGACGCUUCACAGAAACUGCUCACGUUCGAAGACCGGUGUGGCUCUCGAUCCCGGUUUAUGGCUGUUUGA